AUGGGGCGCUCCGGUGUUGAUUGGACGACAUAUCGAUUGAAUGGCAAGGCAGAGCGUUUUAUCAGGAUUGGUGUUGGUAAUGAGGUAGAGCUUCCCAAUGAUAUGUAUGACAGAGAGGGAUCUUUGACUUGCUAUCCAGUUGAGGAAGAACACAAGACAAAUUUUCGCACCAAGUCGGAGCAAGGUUGUGUACCAAAAUUGCUGGAAGCAGCGGCCGAUGUCAGCAGCAGCAGCAAGAAGGAAGCUGAACCAACCGGCAAAGCUAGCAAUAAGCAACUAGUAAUGGACUUAUCACCAAAGACUCUUCUUUUGGGGUUUUUCCAGGAACUAGUAGAAGAUGCAGCGAAAACCGGCAUCGGCACAGUGAAAGAAAGAUCAGCACGGAAGCUGAAAUGUCUUAUGGAAGUGGCAAUUGAAGUUGAAGCAAAGGAGCUACUACACGAAGCAGUUGCGACACUUGAGAUGGGUGCAAAUAAACUUGGAAUCUCAAUGGAAAUAGAAGCGGCAUCCCCAAAGAAAAAUGAACCAUCUGUCAAAGAACCGCAAGUGGUAACUCCAACAAAUGCAAAUGUCCGUCAACAAGACAAAGACACCAAUCCACCGGUAACCGAUCAAGAAGCAAACGUCCAGCAAGUAGGAAAUGCUGUAGAAAAAGCAACUGAACUGGAAGAGGAAUUGGAAGAUGACGAAAAGUCAACAAGCACAGCAGAUGAAUUCAUCUUGGAAUUGCAAGAAGAGGUGUUGCUCCAGUCGCUCCUGCAUAAGCAAAUUCAUGAAAAGAAAGAGCGAGUCUUUACUAUGGAGCACAAAAAUGGAAGGCGAUUGCUGGUGGUUCUUCCUCCUGAUACCCGAUCAGUUGCUAAGUUUGAGGAAGAAGCCAAGAGGACCAACUGGGUGAACACAAUGCUCAAUACUGAAGAGCGAAUGAAUGGAAUGCUAUCAUACCUGGCAAAGACAUCGCCAAAGCAAUACGCGAAGGUUGGAACAGACCGGAAGAUCAAGAUGAGGCCAAACGUCCUGAACACAGCCCAGACUGUUGCUCUGGCACGUGUUGGGAACCUCAAUGAUGUGCGGAUGAAGAAGGUCAAGUCAUUUCUUAAGAAUGUUGGAAAAGUCAAUCUUAUACAAUCAACCAAAGAGAUGAGCCGAAUCGAUACUGAGGUUGGGCUUAAGCGGACAAUGGAUGUGAUGUUUGGUUCUUGUGUCUAUGAGUGGUCGAAGACAAAAGGAAAGGAAAAGAAAGCACCAGAGGAGAUUCACUACUGGAAUGCGUCGCUCUUUGAGGAGAUAGAAGCAGAAGUAGACAUUCACUUGAAGCAUCGCUUCCUACAAGAGAGCGGAAAGGACAAGAUCAACAACAAUAUCCCACUUCUCGAUUACAAGGCAGACGGAUUUGACAAACCGGGUGUGACAAUCCUAUUUGGAGGUGACCACAGUGACAAAAACUGCCCCAUAAGUGCUAAGCUGAACUUUGCUUCUCCAGUAACACGCAAGACAAAGAAAAUGCUUGGUAACGAGUGUCCUGUCAUUCAAUUCGCCAGUGUUCAAUGUUCAAAGGACGCUUAUUAUUUGAUGGAGACUACUGUCAUGCCUACAAUAAAGCAACAAUUGAUUCGUCUGAAGGAAAGUUCUGUUGUGACUGUCUUCCACAAAAAGAACUGUCAUGGCUGCUAUCGAUCCUUUGUUGUUCCAUCAUCCAUCCAAGAAGGAACAAUCGGCUUCCUUAGCAACCAAGACAAUACGGCUAUCACAAUGACAUAUGCUCAUGGUGGUCAGGACCAAUCCACCUUUGGUUCUCUUGUCUUGAAGGAACCAUUCAUUGCCGUUCCUUACUAUGAGCUGGGAGCCAAAGUUGUUAUUGGCCGGUUCAAUGAAUUAUUCAUUGGCGAUCUUGCUUUCCUAGCGAUGUUGAUAGGAAUGAACGGCAGCAGUGGAGCGCACUGUCUUCUUUGUCAGCUGAAAGGAAUAUCUGUUGCUUCUCAAUAA